AUGACGCAGCGGAGCUACGGCCGUGUUAGCGACGGGGAAGACAACGAUGCCGACAGCGAGGCAGACGUGAAGGGGGCGCGGCAGCUAGACGCUUCCGUGUCCGCUGCUGCAGCGACAGAAGGAGCCACAGCUUCGGGGCAGUGCGCCGGCGAGGGCGACAGCAUCGAUGAAGGGCUACCGCUCAUUCAGCGUCGCCUGUUGUUUGGCAAGAAGGGCGAAGUGGAAGGGUGGAUGUCGGCUGUGCGCAGUCGCCUCCUCGUCCCACCGCAUCACCCGCUGUGCACCUCACGCAGUCUUCACCAGCUCGUGAGCAUCGUGGUCGGUCCCAUCCAGCAGCCGACGGUGUCGACGAUGCCAACGCGUCACCCGGAGCCGCAGUGGCCGCCGCACUUUUUGCGUACGAGCAGCAGCAGCGGCGGCGGUAUCGGCGGUAGCAGCUUGCUGGGCGACCCGUCAACGGACGACAACAGCAGCUCUAACUCGAGCGUUGCACCUCACACGAUGCGCCACCGCACAAACGCGUCGGCGGCAGCGGCGGCACGAUACCGUCAGGCCUCCUCGGUCGUCUACAAGCGCGUGAGCAGCCGCAACCUGGACUUUUCGAGCUCGCGCGUCGCGCCGCACCUCAUAGCAAGCAUCACAGCCCACCAUGUGCUGAGCUACCCGGCUACGCGGCAAAAGGUGCUGGUCAUCGACCUUGACGAGACUCUGUGCCACGUUUCCACCACCACGGCGAACAUGGCAGGUCCGCCGACUUUCUCGGAGGUCAUCCCGACCGCCUCGGGGGCGGAGCUCUUCCACGUGUGGGAGCGGCCCUACGCCCGCCUCUUUCUCUCCACAGCUGCGAAGCUCUUUAACCUUGUCCUGUUCACCUCCGCGUCGAAGCCGUACGCCGACACCAUCCUGCAGCGCAUCGACCCGGACCGUCUCUUGAAGUACCGCUACUACCGGCAGGACUGCCGGCUUGUCCCGCGGGGGCUGCUACGCAAGAUGUGCGCGGCAGCAGGCAUGCGCGGACUACCCUUGGGGUCGGGCGGGGAUGGAGGCCGCAGCAGCGUGGCGCAUGGCUCCAGCGAUUGCGGCCGCAGUGGAGGCGGCGGCAGCGGUAGCGGCGCCGAUCCGUUGGGCAGCCUCUCCUCAGGGGUCAGCAUUGGCGGCCGCCACAGCGGUUCUACGACCAACACCGACGAUGACGUCAACGAGAGCGGUCGCCAUGGUAGGGGCUCCACACAUGCGUGGGGCAACACACUCUCUUCCGAGGCCAAGGGACCCUUGCUUGGCAGCGGUGGGACAACAGCCAGCUACCAUACACUGGCGGCAUCUACUUUUGUUGGCACAGCUGCCGACCGCGGCGGCGUCGACAUGGGCCUUCCCGCUGUAGAGAAGGCUGCAAUGAACGAGCACGCCAAGGUACUAGUGAAGGACCUGCGGCUGCUCAAGGUGCCGCCGGAGCUGCUUGUCAUGAUCGACAACUCGGAGGAGUGCACGCUCGUGAACCCGGAGAAUACGCUGGUCAUACCCCCGUACAUCCCUGCAUUGUCCAAGAUGGCCCCGCCGGCGCGCGAGACGACGCGGCGACGUGGGAGCAGCGGUCGUGACGGCCAAGGUAGCGGUGAUGGUGCCGUGGAGGUGGAGCCGCAGAACAGUCUCAAGGCCAGUGACGAUGAUGCAGGCGGUACACUAGAGGAACGCACCGCUACAGACGCGUCGUCGAAUGCAGAUGACGGCGGUGCCGGUCGUGUGCAGGCCGCAGACGACGACGACGUCGCAGGCGGCACCUCAGAUGAUUCCAGCGUGGGCGACGACAUCGCCGCCAACGACGGCACCGAGGACGACGAGGAUGAAGUGCUGCUUGCGCUGCUGUCACUGCUGGAGUGCCUGCUGGUGGUUCCCGACGUGCGGUCGAUCCUGCGGCACGGCAAGCUCUAUUAG